AUGCGCGAAGUGAUGUUAUUUCUACAUUUCUACAUUUCCUCCUUCAGGCAGAACCCAGACCGGGCCAGGGGUCGGUUCCCAAGCGUGAGAAACGCCUCUCCUCUCCCCUCUCCUCUCCCACUUUCUUUGGAAUGACAUCGGGGGUGGGAGGAGGUGAAGAUGUUUUGUUUUUUCCCCUGAAGAAAAGGAGCCGCGCUGGCCAGGGGCUAGGAAACAAAAGGCCUGGCCUGGGAGGAGGAGGAGGAGGAGACGAAGAGGAGAGGAGAGCGCUUGUUGCUGGAGUGAGGCUGGCAGCAGAGAUCUGCGCUCCAUCUCUCCAAUUCCCCGCAUCCUUGCCCGACGACCGGGCCCGCCUGAUGGAGCCCACCAGGGCGAGCGCCGAGCAGGCUGCCUGCGAGGAAGCUUUUUGCAGCUCGCUGCUGGACGACAUCAAGCAGAGGCUGCUGCACGCCUUCCGGGGACCGGGGGGAGCCGCCGCGCCCCAGCAGCUGCUGAUGCCGUCCAGGCCCGCGGCGCCUUGCAAAGGCAGAGGGGUCGAAGUAGCCCGGGAGGAAGCGCGCAGGGCGCACGUCGAGGGCACUAUUGCCUGGCUGCGGGUGGAACUGGUGAGUGAUUGGGGGGCGGGUUAUUCUAGAGAUAUUUUAUUAGAUACUUAUUUUUACCCCGCCUUACCCCACCACCUAGGACGCGGGUGGCGCUGUGGGUUAAACCACAGAGCCUAGGACUUGCCGAUCAGAAGGUUGGUGGUUCGAAUCCCCGCAACGGGGUGAGCUCCCGUUGCUCGGUCUCUGCUCCUGCCAACCUAGCAGUUCGAAAGCACCUCAAAGUGCAAGUAGAUAAAUAGGUACCACUCUGGCGGGAAAGUAAACGGCUUUUCCGUGUACUGCUCUGGUUCGCCAGAAGCGGCUUAGUCAUGCUGGACACAUGACACGGAAGCUGCACGCCGGCUUCCUCGGCCAGUAAAGCGAAAUGAGCACCGCAACCCCAGAGUCAGCCAUGACUGGACCUAAUGGUCAGGGAUCCCUUGACCUUGACCUUUACCCCACCCGCAGGCGGAUUACAGAUGAAAACAAGAAUUGCAAAAAGCAUAGAACUGGAGAUUUGGAAGGGACGGGAGGCGGGUUUCCAACUAAUCUCAACUAGCUCAUAUCUGACAGAUGGCCACCCAACCAUAGAUGUCAACCUUCCCCCUUUUUUAAGGGAAAUUCCCUUAUUCCAAAUAGGAUUCCUCACAAGUAGAAGGAAAAGUUGACAGCUAUGCACGCAAACUCUGCUUGAUAACCUCCAAGGAAGGAUAGUCCAUCACCUCUAGUGGGAGUCUGUUCCGCAGUCAAACAGCUCUUACCAUCAGAAAGUUCUUCCUGAUGUUCAGUCAGAUUCUCCUUCCGUGUGGCUUGAAGCCGUCAGUUUGGAGCAGGAGAAAACAAGUUUGCUCCAUCUUCCAUGGGACCAGGGUUCAAAUCCACGCUUGGCCAUGAAGCUCACUGAGUGGCCAGGGGCUGGUCGCUGCCUCUCAGCCUAAUCUACCUCGGAGGGUUGGUGUGGGGGUUAAAUGAGGAGGAGGAGAACCACGUAUGCCACCUUGAGCUCUUUGGAGAGAAAGGAGGGAUAUAAGUGCAAUAAAGGAUAACCAGUUUAGGGAGAGGAGGAGCGAAGUGUGCAGAUCAUAGAAGGUUAGAGCUGCAACUCACCGGUCGACGGACUUGCCUUGAUGAGGAUCAGGCAGUGUGUAUGUUAACAAUUGGCGACAUUAAUGCUGGACAUGGAAGAGGAGAGAGUGCUCUCCUGCUUGAAUCCUACUUGCAAGUUUUUUUGAAUAGUUAAUUUCACUGACACAGGUGUUUUUAUUGCUGACCUACUCCCAGCUCCAGCUCCCGUCACUCGUUCUCUCCAUGUGAGCAGGAGCUCGAAAACGGUGCGGUUACCAAUCAUAGAACAGAAUCCUAGAAUUGUGGAGUUUGAAGGGACCCCCCAGAGUCAUCUAGUCCAACCCCCAGGUAUCUCAGCUGAAGCAUCCAUGAGAGAUAGCCGCCCAAUUCCUGCUUUUAAAAAUAAUAAUCAGCCAGAACUUGCCAUUGUCCAUAUGUAGAAGCCAUGCAGAUAGAUGAUCAUCCGAACAUCUGCAGACGACAGCUGGGUGGCGCUGAUGGGAGUUGUAGUCCAAAAUAUUUGCAUCAGUUUGGCAAAUGUUAGCAUGGGGCUUCUGUUGCUCCGUAAUGAGGAAAAUCCGUCCUGCCCCGAUCAGGAGCCCCCCCUUUUUUUAACCUACUCCAACUACAUGCAGUUCAGGAAUGGAUUUGGACACUGACAGAAUGCCAGGGCUAAGCGCUGGCACUAAUUAAGCCCUUCUGGAUGGUGAUCGCCUGCUAAAAAGUAAUUAUCGUCUUUCUGUUCUUUGCAGUUGGAGAUGAAGUCCCAGAACCACAAGCUUGCCAAAACUUUGCUGGAUUUAAGCAUGGAAAUACAGAGGCUGAGAAACGAAGCUGACGUGCCAACUGCUCUAGAAUCAAAGGCCCUGAGCUUUGCUGCAAGCUCAGAAUAACGGAGCUGCUGCGUUUCAGGGAGAAAGCCAGAAGACGCAGCACACAAUCCCACCGGCGAGCCUGGCAAAAUUGGAAGAUUAUGUUGCACCGUUAGGUCCGAAUUGGUCAGGGAACAUGGCUUGAAUAUUAAUGAGAACUCCCGUUAACUUGGCUGGAGAAGGAAUGUUAGUUAUUAUAUGAGAAUUCAAUGCCUCCUUUGGAGUAGAGGAAAGAAUGGGACACCUCCAAAGAAUGGAAUGUCUGCUUUACUUUGCAAAUGAUUGCUGACUGUUUAAUCUGUUUAGUUCAGAACAAUCGCCACUCGUCAGGUCACUAAAAAGAUGGGAGGGCAACACACACACACACACACACACACUGAAAUGCAGUGGUUUGGCAGUUAUCUGGAUCCUCCAUUACAAAAGAGUGAAUGAACGAUGUCUGUUCCAGACCAAACAUUCAGGGCAGUCCCAGAUUGCCACUACUAACUUUAGUGGGAUUCAGGCACAUGCCGACAAAUUCAGGUUGUGCAAUCCUAGACGGUUUAGCACUCUUGUGCAACAAGCCUACUUCUCCUGCAAAAGACUGAACCGCCUGCAAUAAGGAAAGUGAUGGGGGGAAAUGCACAGAGAAGCGUGGGGUCACAUUGGCUCGAUGCAAUGCCGUCUGAGCUCCCUGAAAGCAAAUGUUCAAUAAAUAGCUGACAUUGUUUAAUAUCCCUGCAAACUUUAUGCAAGCAAAUUGGGUUGAAUGGUUAAAAAAAAGGAUUAUCUGGAGUGAUCUCACUGUGAACUUUCUGAGUCUCUGGGUUUUUUUUUCUUUCCAAAAGGCAAAAUGUAGCCAGGGGAGUAUGAAGCCAAUGAAGCCCCCCCCCCUAAUUUUUUAUUAGUUUUCAAACAAUUCAACAAAUUUAAUUCAGUUUCAGUACACUAUUCCCACUCUGGGUGGCUCCCAACAAAAUAUUAAAAACACAAUAAAAUAUUAAACACUUCCCUGUACAGGGCUGCCUUCAGAUGUCUUCUCAAUAAACACAAAUGUGUGUCUUUGACUCCGUGUCUGGCAAAAGCACACAUGAAAGUGGGGUCCUGAUUUGACGAGCAAAGGGGGACAUGCAUGUGGUGUGCUUGUGUAAAACUCCAACUCCCAUUGGCCUCCCCACAGCCUGCUCCUGACAUCACUGUCCCCAUCAGCUGAGAUCUGACAGCAGCUGAACUGGUGAGGGCCAUAGCUUAGUGGUGGAGCACGUAUCCUGCAUGCGGAAGGUCCCAGGUUCAAUCCCCGGUGUCUCCAGGUAGGACUGCCUGAAUCCCUGCAGAACCACUGCCAGUCAGUGUCUACAGUACUGAGCUAGGUGGGCGUGGUUGGGAUAACGCUUAUGGUCCAGUUAAAAAAUUGCAGGGGGAGAUGUGAGUGGUUUAAAUCACAAAACCAUGGAGUUGGAAGGAAUCCUUUGCCCAGCACAGAACUUGAACCCAUGACCCUGAGAUUAAUAAGUCUCAUGCUCUGCCAACUAAGCUAUCACAGCUUAUGAGUGUCAGGCCUAAUGAGCAGAGCAGCUCAUUCCCAGAGGUCCUAACCCCAUGAAAAUCAGUUGCCAAGAAUGAAAGUCCUUGCCUCCUUUACAGCCAUCUAAGUCCCAUCCUCUCCAGGGUGUUUUCCAAGCGAUCAGAAACUGUGCCUGCUUGCAGCCAACUUCUCCUCCGCCCUUUUCACACCUCUCCUGGUUCUGGGAGACAGGGGGAAGGGGAGAUUGUCACAGAGGGAGACACCCUGGCUUCUUCACCAGCCUCUCCUGAUUCUGAACUUCUCUCUGCCACAGACUCUCCCUGCCCACUAAACCCUGUUACCUCUUCAGCUUCCAACACCUCCUCCUCCCAGUCUCCUCUCUCUUCUCCUUGUAACCACUCAUUGUUGUCGCUCCACCACUCCCCAGGCACUGAGCUAGAGGGCACCUUGAUAGAGGCCUCUUCACACCUGGCUACGGCCUCAUCCUGCAAAUGCCACCAGUAAGAUGAAAGGCUGAUUCAUAUGUCUCAAUUCACAACUGGCGUGCAUUGAAAAACUAAUGCAGAUGGAGCCCUUAAUGAAGAAAAUACGAGAAACAGCAGGUAAAAAUAGAUAUAUUCCUUCCUUUUCCUUUUUGAAAAAAAAAACAAUAAGUGGAUAU